AUGAGUAAAUUUACUUAUCUACAAAAUGGCAACGGAGUACCGAACGGUGUGUCGAAUGGUGCGAAUGGUCAUCAUCAGGUUCAAAAUGGACAUUCGAACGUGAACCGGAAUGGGUGCGAUGCCUUGCCGGCUGCCGAAGCCUACCAGCAGAAGGCGGCUACGUGCGGUCCCUUCCAUAUGCCACGCACCGAACACGGCGGGUACACGUACGACACACUGCAGGAAAUUGCAAAUUAUCUCCUAGAGCGCACAGAACUCCGCCCGAAGGUUGGAAUCAUUUGCGGGUCCGGUCUGGGCACACUCGCCGAUCAGCUGACCGAUGUGGAUAGCUUCGAUUACGAGACGAUCCCACACUUUCCCGUCUCUACGGUGGCUGGCCAUGUUGGGCGGCUGGUGUUUGGCUAUUUGGCCGGCGUACCGGUGAUGUGUAUGCAGGGUCGGUUCCAUCACUACGAAGGAUAUCCGCUCGCAAAGUGUUCUAUGCCGGUGCGUGUAAUGCAUCUGAUCGGCUGUACCCAUCUGAUCGCUACCAAUGCAGCUGGUGGAGCGAAUCCCAAGUAUCGCGUCGGAGACAUCAUGCUCAUCAAGGAUCACAUCAAUCUGAUGGGCUUUGCCGGCAACAAUCCGCUGCAGGGACCGAACGAUGAGCGUUUCGGGCCACGGUUCUUCGGUAUGGCCAAUACGUACGAUCCUAAGCUUAUCCAGACGGCGAAAGUGAUCGCCCGCCAGAUCGGUAUCGAGAAUGAACUUCGGGAGGGUGUGUACACCUGUCUCGGUGGACCCAACUUUGAAACGGUGGCCGAGGUGAAGAUGCUAGCCAUGCUUGGGGUGGAUGCGAUCGGUAUGUCGACCGUGCACGAGAUCAUUACGGCACGGCACUGUGGGAUGACCUGCUUCGCCUUCAGCCUGAUCACCAAUAUGUGCACGAUGAGCUACGACGAAGAGGAGGAACACUGUCACGACAGUAUUGUGGGGGUCGGCAAGAACCGGGAGAAGACACUGGGCGAUUUUGUGAGCCGUAUCGUGAAGCACAUUCACUAUGAGGCGAAGAAAUGAGUGGAGCUAUUGUAAAAGAGAAGCG